AUUUCAGCAAGAAAAAUAAAUAAACGAGCCCCUCGAAUCUUGGUCCUGCACCAACGGCACUCAGUGGCCGUCCCUUCGCCAUUUCUCUCUCGGGAUAGAAUUUCGGAUCACCGCAUGACUCGUUCCUUCUCCCUCUUCAACUUUUUCUAACCGCUUUCGCCUCCUCAUUCCUUUUUCUUCUCACGAAGGUUAUAGGGUUCUUCUUCUCUCUCGAUUCUUCUGCUUCCCUUUUCCCCUUUCUGGGUUUUGCUUCUUUGACCUGCCCCUCUUUACCCCCUUUUUCGUUUUUCCCGUCUUUGUCAGACAGAUUCUUCUUUUUCCCCAAUUGGGUUUUUGGGGUUUUGGGGGUUUUCACUUGUUCUUUAGCUUUUUGGCUGAAUUUGUACUGGUGGGUUCUGGGUGUGUCUGUUUUUUCUUCGCCCCCAAUUUCUGUGUACCAUUUGUAGUGGUACGAUUCUGCCUCUGUUGAUGGCCUGUUGUUGAUGUCUCUGGACGUUGAAGCCGGUUCGAGUUCAAAAGGGAUCAUGGGGUUCGACGAGAAAGACAAAGAUGGGAAAGAAGACGCUUCACCAAAAGACGUUUCACAGCCCAAAAAAGCUGAGGAUGAAGAGGACCCGGAUGCGCCUGCUGGGAUGAGUAGGAAAAUGAGCGAGAACUCCAUCUGUGCAACUGAAGAGGAAGACGACGAAGAUGGAAGGAAAAUCGAAUUGGGUCCUCAGUACACUUUGAAAGAACUCAACGAGAAGGACAAGGAUGAUGAAAGCCUGAGGAGGUGGAAGGAACAGCUUCUGGGGACUGUGGAUUUUGAAGCCGUUGGAGAAACUCUGGAACCGGAUGUGAAGAUUGUAAGCCUUGCAAUAAAAUCGUCGGGGCGGCCUGACAUUGUUCUGCCAGUUCCAGAGAGUGGGAAUCCCAAAGGCCUGUGGUUUACUUUGAAGGAAGGCAGCCGUUAUAGCCUCAAGUUCACUUUUCAGGUCAGCAACAACAUUGUUUCUGGCCUCAAAUAUACCAAUACAGUGUGGAAAACUGGCGUCAAAGUUGACAGUACAAAAGAGAUGAUAGGAACCUUCAGCCCCCAGCCUGAACCUUAUGAUCAUGAAAUGCAGGAAGAAACAACCCCUUCUGGCAUCUUCGCCAGGGGAUCAUAUUCAGCCAGAAGCAAG